UAAGAUCGAACACAAAUUCGCCCAGCACCAUUCCCGUAUAAAUAGAGAUCCGCUGGCGGAGAGCAGCCAGUGAAGUCAGUUGACUGCAGUAGGUCCAUAAUGUUGCUGUACUCCCUGGUGCUAGUGCACCUCGUCCUGGCACUUUGCCACGGCUCCCUGGCUGAGAAAAUGAUGCGGCCCAAGUUCAAGGACAUUAAGAUCUGGAGCGACGAGAAGUACGUCAGCCACAAGGUGGUCUACGACAACAGCGAUCCGCAUUUGAACUUCUCCAUGGAGGUUCACCAGGAGCUGCAUGACGUGGACAUCCACGUGGAGGCGCGCAUCACCAACAAACAGGACCCGCUCUACACCACCACCCUAAACACCACCCUGAAUGUGUGCCGCAUCCUGGGCUUCGCCAACAAAUCGCCGGUGGGCCGAUUCGUGCAUGGAUUCAUUCGCGAAUUCGGCAACAUCGUGGACACUUGCCCCAUCGCUAAGGGCUCCUACUUCAUCAACAAGUUCUGGUGGCCGGAGGACCCAACCACCGCCAUCCUGCCCGAGCUGGAGUUCGAGAUCAUCUGGCAGGCCAUGCAUUUGGACGCCAACAAGAAGCGCACCCUGAUCAUGAACGAUCACUAUGGCGGAGAUUUCACCGUCCAGGACGUCAACAACCUCAAGCCCGGCAUUUUCGCCAUGCUGCCCAAGAUCGCCUAGAAGCUCCGCUGAGCUCCUCCCUGCCCCGGGAAGAGCCAUCCAGCCGCGUCGCGUGUCCCAAUGGUAUUUAAUUAAUGUUAUUCAGUGUCACUUGGUGUUUACCCAGAAAGCAAGCAAAUAAAGUUGCCCCCUAAGAGCAAA